CAUUUUUAGCGGCUGUAGCAGUCGAAAAGCCACUAAAUCGUCGGUUGAUAAGAAAAUUUAUUUUUGUCUUUUUUUUUUCUUAUAACAGUAUACCGACAAAACUGGAACUUUGCUAGAGCGUGCGUGUUUACUUUCCUCUAUGCGCGUUUGUCUGUUACUGCUCGCCGCAAGGGACGUGACGAAAAUUAAUACCUAACCUAACAUAUCUAACAUACCUAACCUACCUAUACUAUACAACCCGCAGACUGCACGAUGUUAUUCGACAGAACUAAGAUCGCGGUUCUGGUAUGGUUGUUUGGUUGUAUCCAUUUUACGGUCCAAGAAGUAAGUAUAUACUAUAAUAUACCUAUAAAUAGGUACCUACUAUAUAGUAUCGAGUAUCGAUAACGAGCAAUCGAUAUCCGUAGGCUUGUUUUCGGUAAACUGUUUGCUGUGGUUUACUACUUGAUUGCAAUAUCGCGAAAACGUUUUGUUUACUGUUAUACACUGUACCGUGUUUUGCCAAUGAAUAAUCAGUAACCGAAAACAAUAAACGCAUAGUUUUUAAUCGUUCACUGAUGCCGGUAACCUGCUGGUUGUCGAAAAGUAAACUUGGUUAUUAAAUAGUUACAGCAAAAAAAUAUCGCCAAAACAGUUUUUCCGCUAAACUAGUAACCAGGUUUCUCAAUAUACAUAUAUCAAUAAAAAUAAACGUCGAGUGUGCGUACUUUAGGUAGACCCGGUUUUCUCUUUAAUCACAAACUGCAAUUACCUAAAAAGAUGCUGAAUUUUAUCCUAUAAUAUUUUAUUAGAAAAAUGUAUCGAAGUGUUCAUCUGUUCAACACCGAGUCCUUUUUUGGGGGUUUGAUUUUUGUUGAUAUCUACGAUGAGUCGGUAGCACGGGGGAAAAUACUAUUGAUACUACUCCGCAUAGAAUAAUUUUUUCAUGUACAACGAUUAAUCGCCGCAAGCAGUAUAUAAACUAAAUUAUCUUGUGUAUUCUAAUUUCCCAAAUAUGUACCUACUAAAACAUAAGUUUUAGAUCUAUUUUAACAAAUGAUAAACCUACGAGUUUAUCGCGGAAUCGUUUUCGUUUUAAAUUCUCUAUAAUUUCGCAGACAAUUUAAUAAUGACCUCCCUAAAGAACCAAUUGGACAAAAAAUUUCUAUACAAGAAACCACCUUAGUGUUGAUGAAUGGAGCAAGAUUCGUUGUCAGAGAAGUUAUUCAUUGACAAAAUAAAUCAUCAUUGCGAGAGUGAAAUGAUCAUAGUUUCUAAUUUCUAAACGUAUUUUAAACAAUAAAUUAUAAUAGUAUAAUUCCAUGUAUAAUUUCUAACAAAUCCGGUUAGGUACCUAGUGUAUUAAACUUAUAUUAUGUAAAAAAAGCUCAAAUAAAUUAAAAAUCAUGAAUUGUUAACAGUUGAUAGGAAAUUUUUUUUAAGAUUCAUUGAUGGUCAUGUUAACUAAAAUAAUUUGUUUGAGUAAAAUUAAAUAUACGAAAAUUCCUUCAGUUGAAAGUUGUUAUAAAACAAAAGAUAAAUUUUACUAGUUGAGUUAAAAAUGCAAACAAAUAAUAAUUUAACUCAGUUAAAAAUAAGUAAAUUAAUUUUUUUAGAUUUUGAGAGGAGCGAGGAAUGUAUUGAUUUUACAAUGAUGUUUAUUUUUUAUUGUUAUCUUUUUCUAUGAAUUAAUUUUCUACCAGAAUAUCGAUGGCUUAUCAUUGCGUACAGAUGUCAGAUAUAACUUGAAUUCCCCUCCAUAUACUACCUUCCCAACUCCUCACCUACAACAGGUCCACCCAUCGUAAAAAGUAUGCCCGUCUUAUUUUUUAAUUUGUGAUUAAACUCCAAUUCAAUCUACACGCCACAAAUUAUAGGUUCUAAGUAACGUGAUUUCACUAGGUCGUGUAGUGAUUUGACGGAAAAGACGAGUGUUACAACCUAUAACAGGUGAUUCAUUUAAGUAGGCACACUAAUUAUCUCGGAAAGUGUUAAAUUUCUCCGGAAUUUAUUUUCUAGAACAUUUAAAAAACAAGCUACGCCACAAUUUUAUUUUAUUUUUGCCACCCUUAUUUUUGGGAGUAAAACCACAACUUAUUUUUGAUUUUCAAAUAGCAACCUAUUUUUAAAAGUCCGUAAAUAGAUUGAGUAUUAGUUAAAAUAAAUUUGAGUGUUUAAAUUUUUGAUUUCUGUCAAGCCGUUGAUGAGAUAUACCACUUUUAAUUUUAGGUUUGAGGAAAGUAGUGGUGCAUUAUAACAUGCUGCGCGCCGUACUGCCACACUUAUGAUACUCCACUACUGUCCUCUACCCUAUACUUAAAAGUGGAAUAUCACGUCAACGGAUCGACGGAAAUCAUAUGUAAUGAAUUUCCGUAUGAGAUCAUACGGAAAUGUAUUAUUUUCAAAUUGUACAUUUUACGGCAUUACAAAACAUGUAUAACUGAACUACGCUCAGAAUCGUUUUUCGUUAACAAUGAUUAAUAAUUGAGUACGGAUAUACAUUAAAUUUCCUCUAUACUUUCCCGAAUUUCCAUCUACAACAGUGGCCCGCCCAUCGUGCGAAGCAUGUCCGUUCGUUAUUAUUUUUGCUAUUCGAAAUCAAUAUUGGAAGUAUUCAGUAUUAAGCCCUUAUAGUUUUACUAUUAACCUUUUACAUAUUGUUAUACAAUUAUAAUUAUAUAAGUAGGUACUUCAUAAUAAAUUAUAUUAUUUAUAAUAAUUAUGUAAGCAGAAUGCAACAAACAACAUAUUAUUAACAUCAAUAUUAUAUUGUUAUUAACAAUUAAUAAUACAAUGAUUACGGUUUCUGGCUUGAUUAUUAACCAUAAAAUAUAAAUUUGUUGACGAUUUUGUUUAAUGUAAUAUGCUGAAUAAAAUUGAAAUAUUUAUUAUAUUUUAAAUUAUAAUGUUAUUCCAAAAUUUGUAUCACCCCCUUUUUUUUUGUAUUAUGUAUACGAUAUAGAACACAUAAGACUGAGUGCACAUCAAUGCAGUGGAAAAAAAACUGCCAUGUUUCACUGCAUGUCCACUGCAAUAACUUGGGCACCCAUUUUGCACUGAUUUUAUGUGUACUCUUGGUCUGAAUCGUAGCACUGAGAAUAGGCAAUUAAAAUUAAAUAGGUAUCAAAUUUUCAACAAAAAAAUCAUUUGACUUUAACUCGUUAACUUAACUGUCUUAACUGGAUGUGUAUAAAAAUAUAACUGUAAAAAGCUAAGUUUAUCCAAUGAAAACUUGACCUAGUUAAGUUAAAAGUGAACGAUCAAAACAAUUAACCAGUGAAAUUAAAAAGUUUUAAACAAAAUUAACCUUCUAACUAUAGUUAAUGUCCACCUCUGUAAAAAAAAAUUUAAAUACUUACUUAGUACGCAUGUGUACUUAAUAUUCAUAUUUAAGUAAAUAGUGAUCAUAAUAGUAUGACGAAGUUAUACUUUAAUUAUGAAUAGUAAUAAUUAUAAUGUUACGAAUAAUAUACAUGUCAUUGUCAGCCAAAUCAACAACCGUAACAAUAAACUGGUAAUUACAGACAGACAGACAAAAUAAAAUGCGUUUAAACUUAUGUUUAGAAACCUAAAACUGUGUUAUGGCAAUCUAAAAAACACACAAUUAGGUGAAAAUAUUAGGUACAUUCCCGGUUACGCUCAGAAUCUAAAAAUAAAAUCGCAAAAAGUAGACACUUUAUUUGCAUUGAAGGGGCUUUUUUUCCGGGGCUGUUUUCAGAAAAAACAUAAAUUGGCACUUAUUGCAGUGUGUGACAAUUCUAAUGUGACUGACGUGACAAUAAACAACAAUAUCAUUAUUUUUAAUUUCGAAAUUACGAUUACAUUCAUUAUUACAAUGUGGUAUGAACGACUGUAAAAAAGUACACACAUUGAUAAUAAAGGGAUCUAUUGACAAUCAUAUGUUAAAUUUAAUUUUAUCGUGCCGUCAUACUUCAAUAGGAUGUUUAAUUAUACAUACACCGUAUAUUCUCAAAUAGUUUUCAAAAAAAUAUUACGAUUCAUUUUUUUUAGUUUUAAAAAUAUUCCACCUGAGAUAUUAUUAUCAUUGCUCAUUAAUAGUGUUAAAACAUUUUCUUUUUCGAUAAUUGCAACUAAAAUAUUUCUUACGAUUUACAAUACAAAUAUAAUAUUUGUUCAAACAAAUUUUGAGUGUUGUAUUUUGAUAGUUUUCAUUUAAUUUUGGGAUGGUUAACAUCUACUCACCCGUAAAUAUCACAAGCAAAAUAUAAUAUCUACCCUAUUUAAAACUUAAGCAUAGGGACGACUAUAGGAUAGGCAGGGUAAAUUAAGUCACGCUUCCAGAUUCGUCUGUAGUCUAUAUAUUUUUAUAUAAACGUACAUUCGUUUUUUAGUAGCAUUAUGGUAUUUUGUUUCAUAAUUAAUUAUAAUGCGUAAACUGUUAAGUGAUUCCUAUCAUUUUACUAUGAUAAUAUUGUCAGGUGCGUGUACAAGGGGAGGGGGAGAUUAAAUCCCUACCCCGAAAUGUCAUGAAAAUUAUGAUGAAAGUAGAUUUUUAAUAGUCUCAAAAGUGAUUUUUGUCAAGAUAUUCUGAGAUCUUCUGUGGAGAUAAAUACAAUUUUAGUUUUAUUUGUAUUUUAUUAUAAGACACUAUAAAUAGUAAGUAUAUAUUGUUAUUAUUGUCAUUUCUAAUUUGUUGUGGUUUUUCUGUUUUUAGAAAAUUAUAACUAAUACGGCGACAUUACAAAGUCCUCAUUACAGUAAUAUGAAUUACAUUAUCAUUUAGGCUGUAUUCAUUAGAAAAAUAUUAAAUGUGAAAUUUAGUAAUAGGUACCUAAAAAGCUAAAAAUGAAUGUUAUAAAAUCUUAACAUUUUUUAUAAAAAAUGAAUAAUCCUACAAUUGAAAGUAUGUAAACUUUUUUGUUAUAAGAGUAUGCAAGUUUACAACCUUAAACCCCCUCUCUCCGAAAUAUUUUUUUGUAAACGCACUUGAAUAUUGUAAUGUUUAUGAUAAUGAUUUGUUUAAUAAACGUAAAAUAUAUACUUAAUUAUAACAAUUUGGAAGGCUGGGUAAGUUAAUCAUAUUUUUAACUCAGUUGAGCUGUUAAAUAUAUCAUUAACUUGACUUUACUUCAACAAAUAAGUUUAGUUAAUUUAAAAAAAAAAAAAUUAUUGAUUAGGUAUUCAAAGUUAAAAUUUCUAAUGAAGUGAAUGCAAAUAUGAAAUAUUAUCUAUAUAUGUAUUUUUAAACCUGUAGAGUGUGGAGUUGUAGAAUUUAUAGGACACCAAUCAUAACGCAGCUUGAGGAUCAUUUUAAUUUAAAUUUAUGAGAAGUGGCGGUUCCAGUAUUAUUUAACAUUAUUAAUUUAUUAAUUUACAAAAUAAAUAACACAAAGUAGUAUAAAAACUGCCGAUUAGUUAUAAAAUUGUAUUCAAAAUAUCUAUUCAAUUUUAACAACUGAAAGAUAGUACCCAAGUACCCAAGUAAUACCUAAAUUGGUAUGUCAUAUGUCUUCAUUAUAAUGAUAAAUUAGUUUUUAUCUGUAAAUAUAAAAAUGCAAUUUUUUGGAAAUAUAUUAUCUUAUUAUUAUUAUAUUUUUUUUCUUAACAAUAUUUAAUUAAUUAAUAUUAAAUUAAUAUUAAAUUAAUAUUUAAUUAACCAUAUUCUAGUUACUCUUAAGUAUACGAACUUAUAAUAUUUUUAAUGAAAAACGGUAAUAAAUAAAAUAUUUUCUGGAUAAUAUGAAAAUUAAAAAUUAAUAUUAUAGAAAAAUAAAAAAAAGGUAAGAUAAUGGGGACGGGUGCAGCCACCGAUUUUCUUACGUUUUAUCCCGGUUUUUCACAUUUGGUGGGAAAAUUCUUGAGAAAAUCGAAAAAACCUCCCUAUAGUACCUCCGCGUGCCGAUUUCCUUUCAAAAAAGGUGUUACACCUAGAAAUCCGAACAAGUCUUCUGGUAGAAACGUUGCGUACAUAUAUAAAUAAAAAAAAAACAAAAAUCUUUGUUAUCUUUGUUAAACCAUAACUUCGCUUUGUUUUAUGUUUUAUGGUGACGUUUUUUCGAUUGACUUGAGUAUUCUCCUUUGUGAAUUGUGCGAAUGUAAAGUGAAUAGUGACAAAAAAUUUAACAUUUCACAACACAUAAAAUCGGAUAAACAUAUCAAAGCCAUUAAACAUGAGCAAAAUAAAAUUGAACAAAAACAGCAGCUACUUACAAAUGUUCAACAAAAAUCAACUUUUAAUAUCGAUCUUUGCAAGAUUUUUGUUUCUGCAAUUAUACCAUUAAACAAGUUAUCUAAUAAAAGGUUCGACAAUUUUUAGAAAGGUAUACUAAAAAUUCAAUUCCAGACGAAUCACCACUGAGAAAACUCUACGUUGAUGAUACCUAUAAUGAAAAUAUCGAAAAAAUUAGAACUCAAGUUUUCAAUAAUCGCCGUUGGGUGAGUGUCGAUGAAACAACGAACAUCAUAGGUCGUUUUAUUAUCAAUGUUACUAUCGGUACUCUGGGGAUUCAACGUUCUGGAUCCAAAUUUGUACUCCACUCAGGAACAAUUAGAAAAACCAACUUUUCUACGGUCAGUAAAGUUAUUAACAAAUCUAUGACAAAAUUAUUGACUGGCGGAAUACGGCACGAGCAUGUACUGUUAAUUUUAUCAGAUGCAGCUGAUAAAAGCUGGUCAAUUAUUAAAAAUGUUUUAUUCAAAAAUGGUACAUGUGACAUGCGCAGCAUAUUGCUUAUAUAGAACUGCGGAACAGGUUCGUGACCACUUUAGCGCUGUUGAGAAAUUAAUCGAAAAUUGUAAAAAAGUAUUCAAAAAAGCACCAACUAGAGACGAAAUGUUUGAAAAAGAGGCUCCAGGUGUAUGUUUACCACCAGAUCCCGUAAUUACAAGGUGGGGGUCGUGGAUUAACGCGGCCAUUUAUUAUUGCGAAAAUUUAAACACUGUUUGUCGUAUUAUGACCGAGCUCGAUGACGAUGAUGCUGUGAGUACAAAAAAAUACAUCGUUAAACCCGGUCUUGAGAGCAAUUUAGCAUAUAUAAAAUCAAACUUUACAAUUUUCGUUUUAAGAAUAAAUAAACUACAAACAAAAGACCUUUCUUUAACAGCUGUUUUAAAAAUAAUUGAGGAUAUCGAAGAUUCGUUCAAAUCAUUAAUGUGUGAAGCAGGUACAAUUGUAAAAAAAAAAUUUAAAACUAUAUUUGAAAAUAGCAACGGCUUGUCGAAAUUAAAACGCAUCUCCAAAAUAUAGUGUGGUGAAAAAUAAAAUAAUGAAUUAGAUGGAGAUCUUGAAGAAUUGGCUAGUGGCGAUAUAGUGUAUUUUAAGUAUUCCCCUUUUACAUCGGUAGAUGUAGAGCGUUCCUUCUCGACGUACAAGACAUUUUUGACUGAUAACCUUCGAAGCUUUAAAUUUGAAAAUUUGGCAAAACAUUUAGUCAUGCAGUGUAACUCAGGUAAAAUAAUUAAGAGUAUUAUUUAAUUAUAAAUAAUAAUUACUUAAUUUUUAUUCUUAUUUCCAGAUAAUUUUGAAUAGUUUUGGUAAUCAUGUCUUCAUUCUAGUGUUUCAAGUCAUUAAAAAAAAUAAUAAUAAACUGUUUCUAGUGUUUUCAUAUAUUGUAAAUUUAUCUAUUAAUUCAUAAAAUAAUCUUUUCUUAAUAAUUAUUCAAUAAAUACAAUAUUUUUAAAUUGUGAACAGAAUACAUUUUUACAUUGGUAUUUUUCAUGUUUUUAGAGCACAUUAUAGCGCAUAUUUCAGUGAUUUUCAGUGCUAUAAAAUCCGAACCCUGGUUAUUAGGUAUUAUAUUUGGUUGUCUUUCGUAAGGCGAAGCACUCUGUUUAAAAUAUAAACAACCGGACAACAAUGGUUAAUUUUGAUAGGGACAAGAGUGGAACCGGGGAAAUGCAGGAGGAUACUUAUUUAAUUUUUUUUUUUUUUAAUACUGCGCACGGGCAAAGUCGUACAGGAAAGCAAUAGCCACUGAUAAAAACAAAAAGUUAUUAUAAUGUCGUUUAAAAUGUGUAGUUUUUAAGCUUUUAAAAUAAAAAAAUUAAUUUUUGUCCUAUUGAAAAAAUUAGAAACCCCACGUUGAAAAACAGUUUUCUGUUAUUUUUCUGGUGAAAAUUUAGUUUUUAUAUACUACAAUAUAGAUAUUGAUUGUAGUUUUCUCGGUUAUUCCCCGUGUAGUAAGAUUGCGACAUGGGAUGACGACUACAUGACGCAUUUUCAGUUUAUUUCGUGAUUACACAUUAAAAUACUGUUGUGACCACUUGCCAUAGGGCUAUAUUAUUGUUAUUGUAAAGGUAUUCGUUCAAAAGUGAACUCGAAUAAUAUGCUGAGGUGAUGAAUUUUUUCAAACGAUUCGUUAAAAUUGCACAUACGAAAUUUCUUAAAUAACGAGUGUGCCACGUCUUCUUAAAAUCGGAUGGUUUUUUGAUAACAGUCGUCCCGGUACCAAUCGAAGAACAGGUCAUCGGGCAGCGGCUCAGCAAUGCACAACUCGAUGCGCAAUCAGAGAAACAAGAAAAUGGCGGUGACCACUACGGCCGUCGCCAAUAAUCAAUCGUCAUCCGCCGGAUUCAAAGAGGCCAACUAUAGCGGUGCAAAGUUUGUUGUGGACAACGCGAGCAGUAAUACCGUCAUGAAUACCGUUAGUGGUAACAGCCGAAUGGAUGGCAGUAGUACGGUGUUCCAUAUGAUUAUACUUGUUCCAGAAACCGGUACCAAACAUUUUCCAGAACUUGAUGCGGUCCUCCGUGGACGUCAUGCAGCGGAGUGUGGACACGUUCCAGGACGUGUCGACGACGGUGUUCCAGAAAGCUCGGGAAACCAUUCGCAGUUCCAGGGAGUCGGUGGAAAAGAGGAGCGGGGGCGCUUCCGGCCGUAGAAAACGGACAGGCAUUGUCGGGUCCGUGGCCAACUUCAUUGACACCGGGGUGGCGGGCAUGGAACAGGCCACCGAUCUGGGUCUGGUGAUGGCUAACAUAGGCACGAGCAAGAUCCGAUCCGAACUCGACGGCACUGACGGCAACAAGGAGGUCCUCAAAAUAUUGGUAAAAUAUGUCGGUACGUAUAUAUAGUUUUUCGACGAGUAAUUAUAAUGGUUUCAUCGGAAAUCAACAGAAAAAAAAAAAAAUGACCGACUUUAACUUUGUGAUACCGGAAAAAAAAUAAUGUGCAUAAUAAAAUGUGUUAUUUGUCGUUUACAAGCAUCUAGGAUCGGUAUGAGUACCAGGGGCAGUGCCGUUCAGUUCGUCGACGACAUCGGUACAAUAUCGACAUUUAUGGCCGAAGACGACGACGUGACCAGAUCGAUAUCGACAAUAAUGGAAAAGCUAAUGGAAAACCCAAAGGUAAGCGUCGCCAUGAUACGUAUGACGCUCACCGUACUGGAGUCCAGCCCGUCCACGUCCUGUUUGUUGGAUCAAAUGCCACUGGCGGCUGCCGAUUUGCGUAUGCUGUUUGACGUCUUCGUCGGCAGCAAUGGACAGCAGAUGAUGAAGACCGUGGCGGGGCUGUUGAAGGACAUAACAACCGGACCGGACACCAAGGCAUUUUUACAAUCGCUCUUGAGCAUGAUGUCUAUGUUCAGAAGGUAACCAUAUAAGCCAUUGCGGCAUUGUUUUAAAAUUACGUCAACUAGUUGCAUUAUAAAAAUUAUAAUUACCACAUGGGUAAUAUAAUAUAAAAUUUAAAAACGCCUAUUCGAAACUCGACUUCAACAUUACCUACCCAAUAACUUUUAUUCGAAAUGGUACAUGUUUGAAUAUUUUAGAAAAGAUAUAUACUUAGAAAUGCCUUUACAUAUUAGAAUAUUGAACAAGUAUUACUUACGUAUUUAUUCGAAUACGUAUUCUUUAUCAAAUUGCGACUUAAGUUGAAUAAUUCAGAAACCUUUUUUAAUCAAACUCUAACAGUUGUCCAAUAAUAUCGAUUAUGGUUUUAUAUAAUAUAUUGUUGGUUUAUGGUUAAUAUAAUAUCGUGCUGGACGUGUUUAAUUAGCACUACCAACUGCCCUAACAUCUCAGACGGUCGCGGGUAUCGAGCGUUAGGUCCUAAUUGAUGUUUGCCUGAAGUUACCCGUUACUUGGGUAGAAUUUUGACCUUUCCGAGAACUUCCUAUUUUGGUCCUUACAUCAGUCUCCCUUACCGACUCCUUAUAUUUCCUAAUCUUUCAAUAGUGGUUUUAGGGAGAGAAGGACUAUAGGGGUUUGCCCGUAAGUAUAGCUCUGUUAAUUAUUGUGGGACGAUUCGUACCGCGCGACCGCGUUUUAUUCUUUUACGGAAUUCAAAAUAAUAAUAAUGACAUUUUUUUUUCUGUUCUAGUGAUACUCCAGCAAAACCGGGCGCCAAACCAGAAAAGCCGACCUCAUUGGUAAACUCAUUGAGCGGUUUCUUUACCGGGGACGGUGAAGUGGAAGACGACCACGAAGAGACGAAGAAGAUAAUCAAAAAACACAGAGGUUCUGAAGAAACCGUAGUACGAAAUAAACCUAACAUAAUACAACAAACUCCAAUAUCACAAGAGGACGAUGAUUGGUUCAAUAAUAAUGAUUAUAAGGGGACCACAUCGAAGUCACUUCCGAUAAAACCCUCGCAGCAAAUGGACAAAUUCGAUGCCAGUGAAAUUAGUUUCAACAAGAAAACGCAAUCAGAAAAUGUAAAUAUCGACGAUACCAAAAGCAAAGCCACCAUUGUCACCAAUAGUGACAACAGUGGGGUAGUAGAAAAGAAAAACAAGUCACGGUCAUCGGUUGCAAAAACAUCAAAACCUAAAGCAAAUCCGGUUCCAAGGCAAGACGAUAAUUUGUUUGGCGACAAUGUAUCGUUAGACAACGAUGUGCAGCCAAAUCAAUCGCUUUCAAAAAAAACAAAACCUUCAUCAGUAAAACCGAAACUCUCGAAACGAUCGGACGAAUCUUAUAACAGUGAAAUAAGUAUCAACAAGGAAACCCGGUCUGGAAACGCAAAAAUCGCUGAGACCACAAGCAAAACCGCCAGCGCCAGCGUGGUCGUAGAAAAUAAAAACAAGCCACAGUCAUCACCUAUUACGGAUACACCGGACCUUGCGGAAACCCCGGAUGUCAUGCGUCUAUCGAACGACUUAUUUAACACCGGCGGAGACAGUUCGCCCUUAGACAACAAGCCAAAGCCAUCGUCCCCCAAAACUCUGAGACGUCCAAAACAGGUGCCCAAGCAAGUGGACAACACGUUUGCCGAUGGAAACAGUUUGGAAUACGAAACCGGAAAUGUUAAUAUCGCCGAAAGCUAAACAGCCAGUGCCACCACAGCUAGUAGUGUAAACAGCGUGGACGUAACGAAAAAUCACCGGUGAGAAAAUUUAACGCACGCUUGGCACACUUGUUCGUUACAAAUAUAGUAUCUCAUUGUAGUGU